AUGACUGUUGCUACAUCUGUCAAGCGUGAUCUCACGCUAGUGUUGAAAGAAAUGUCUCUUUUGGACAAGCUACUUCCCAUAUUAAUCAUUUUAUCCAUAGUCAUUGGUAUUAUCAUAUCGGUGUAUGCACCGGGAGCACAAGAGAUAUUCAACAAUACCUCAGACAACAAAUUGACAUCAGUUUCCAUACCAUUAACUAUUGGUUUAAUAAUCAUGAUGAUUCCACCUUUAUGCAAGAUUGAAUACGAGCAAGUCACUACAAAAAAGGCAAGCAAGAGGGAGAAAUGGGGAUACAUAUCUCAGCAUUGGCGUGAAGUAGCUGUAUCCUUGUUUCUAAAUUGGGUAGUGGGGCCUUUCCUUAUGUUUGGAUUGGCAUGGGCUACUUUGUUUAAUGAUAAGGAGUAUCGUACUGGGAUAAUUAUGAUUGGGAUGGCCAGGUGCAUUGCAAUGGUUUUGAUUUGGAAUCAGUUGGCUAUGGGAUCGAAUGAACUUUGUGCAAUCUUGGUCAUAAUCAAUAGUGUAUUACAAAUUGUGUUGUAUGCGCCAUACCAAAUCUUGUUUUGCUAUGCGAUUACUGGCGAAUCAAUCGACUUUGCCAAUGAUUUGCACAUGGGUAACUUGUUUGUGUUGGUGCUUAAGAAUAUUGGGAUAUUUUUAGGUAUUCCCUUGGUAUCGGGUAUUGCCAUUCGAUCAUUGGCAUUGUGCACAAUUGGCAAAGAAAAGUUUAAUACUCUUGUUUUACCGUGGAUUAGUCCGUGGGCUUUGAUUGGGCUAUUGUAUACCAUCAUUGUCAUAUUCAUAUCGAAAGGUGACUCGUUUCUACAUGAGCUUAGUGGUAGUCUCAAGUGUUUUAUUCCAUUGUGUCUUUAUUUUAUAAUAAUGUGGUUUGGCACAUUUUUUGGGUUUAGAUAUUAUUCAAAUUAUAUCAAUUACAACAGAAUAGUAUUGGAACAUGAAAAGACAACGGUUGAAAUGACAACAAACACGAAAGAAACAGUGGCUAACAUUGAUGAAGAUGGUGAUGGGGAAUGUGCCAAACUUCUUGUCAAGUGUGGAUGUGAAGAAAAGUUGUCGCCAGAACAACUUGAGCUACAUAAAAAGGGCAAGUUGCAGUGCAAUGCCAAUUAUGAAUCAACCGUGACUCAAGCAUUCACUUCAAGUUCCAAUAACUUUGAGCUAAGCUUAGCAAUAGCCAUAGCUUUGUAUGGCGAGAGUAGUAAGCAAGCAAUUGCAGCUGUGUAUGGGCCAUUGUUGGAAGUACCAAUCUUGUUGUUGUUGACGUUUGUGGCAAGAUAUUUCAAAGUUAAGUUGGUUUGGGGGUGA